UAUAAACCCAUUUUCAAAAUCUGAUCUUUUUUUUUUCGUUGACAAAUCUAGUUAUGCCUCCUCCGGCAAUGCUUGCGUUUGACGAUGGUUUAGCCCGGAAAUCUAACGAUAAUGAGUGGCAAGGUUUCAGAGUUUUUCCAGGAGAAAAUACUAACCCUAACCCUAAUAUAAAUUUCUUGGUUAAGAAGGCAAUUCUGCAGAACGAGAAAUCAAUCACUCCUCUUUUCUCCCGUUCGUCGGCAAGAGAUGAUAGCUUCAGAAUUGUGUUGCCGCCGGCGUUGCCUCCUCCUAGAGACUCCACCGUUCCGCUUCCUAUGCUUCCGGAGCCGAUGAGAGUCCGGAAGAAGCUUAGCCACCAAGAAUCAGUCAUAUUUAUGAGCAAAUCGCGUUUCGCAGAGAAAAUCCUCUACAAGGAAGAAGAUUUCAAAUGUAACGCCUUCUGCUUGUCUCUACCUGGCUUCGGAAAGAACAAGCUGAUUAGAUCUUCUUCGAAACGCCAAAAUUCUAUGGAGAAGAAGAUGAUCAGAGCUUCUUCCUUCACGGGAUCAACUGUUUCUGUACGCGCCUCGCUAGAGAAAUUCGAAUGCGGUUCUUGGGCAUCGACGACAGCUCUUAUUCAAGAUAACGGUCGGUUGUUUUUCGAUUUUCCGGUUGAGAUGACGAAGUGCAACAGCCGCGGUGGAAAUGGAGGAAGAGAUGUGCAAGAACCGGUGACCUCUGGUUUCUUAUUCGAUAGAGAAACAGAGACUUUGGCUCUGAGAAGCGUUUUAAAGACGAGGAGUACUCGUGAUCACCGGAGAUCAGCUGAGUCUUCACCGCAACGUCGUGUUAGGUUCUCGACUUCGUCUUCAUCGGCUUCAGUUUCGUGCCCUACUUCGCCUCGAACUUGUAUCACUCCACGUUUGCGUAAGGCUAGAGAUGACUUCAACACCUUCUUGACCGCACAAAACGCUUGAAUAAGGAAAACAAAAACAGAACACAGAGUUUUAUUUAUAAUAUGUAUGUAUGAAAUGAGUGUAAUGUAUCUACGGAUGAUGUGUAAAUAUUAUGGAGAGAAAGAGAGUGUUGAGUCUUUGAGAAAUCAAAAUCGAUAAAGGGUUUAUGAUUCUAAAACAACUCAAAAAGUAUAAUUUUUAGUGUUUGCUUAGAAGCUCUAUCUCCAAUUUUUGAGGGUUUGUUUGGCUUUGUUGAAUCUUUAUGAAAUAAAUUUGACCAAGAGUAGAUGAUUAUGAG